AUGGGUUCUCCAAGUAUCAUUACCAAUCCCUUGUUCAAUGUGGGCUUCUUAUUAGCUUCUAUGCAACUAGCAAAGAAGGUUGAUUGGAACGACCCUGACGUGUUGACUAUGGCUCGUAUUGGUUACUACAGUGCUCAACUUCUUGUUGUUGCCAUGGCCUACGGUUUGAUUACUUUGAUUAGAAAAAAGAAUGAUACCACCGUCUUGACUUAUACACCUCCAGCUAAACCCGGCUUUGGUGCACCCGCACCUUCCGCUCCUGAAACGGUUACUACUACAAUUCGCGAUUAUGAUAUUGAUCAAGUCAAGCAGUUCAUCCAAUCCACACUCACCUCCGUAUUGAUCAUCUCUCUUAUGCACUGGCAAUUCAAGUUUACUCAGCCUCUUUUGAUGCAAUCUAUCAUGCCUAUCAAGAACUUUUUGACUCAUAAGGAGGCUUUGAUUCAUUUAUGGGGUGACAAGCCUGAAGGUAGCCUUGCUAGACCUUUCACUGUUGACAAUCCCUUGGGUGGCCUUGCUAGUCUUCUUGGUGUCAGUGAUCCUGCCGCUGCUCCUGCUACAAACAACACCAGUAGCAAUGAUGAAAGUCAUGCUCAUAGAGAUUAA